GUCAAAAUUGAAUUAGACUUGGACGAAUGACGAUAAUAGAAGAACAAACCCCUAGCGAGAGUGUGGUCRCUACUGCAACCCCCGGCACGAAUACGAACCCAUUGGAAGCAAAGCCCCUCGACAAAGCCAAUCCGGUCACCGCAAACCCACACAUUCCWUCCGUAUCGGCAUCGGCCGUUUUGGGAGAGAGUUCCUCUAUGCCGGAAGGCACCCCAAUUUGCAAGGGUGUUGAAUUUGAUCACGAAACAAAUGCAACGGACGGUGGCGAUGGCGAUAUGCUGGCGCAAAUCAUGAAAGCCUUUCGUCAUACGGGAUUUCARGCAACCAAUCUUGGCUUGGCCGUGGAACAGAUUGAAGAAAUGCGCAAGUGGCGUCUCAGUCACGUCCCGUUCAAAGAAGGAGUGGACGAUCCCGAAUUACGUUCCGAAGAAACCCGGAAACGGUUGCGGGCCCGUAUUUUCUUGUCUUACACGUCCAAUCAGAUUUCGUGCGGACAGCGAGAGGUCUUGCGCUUUCUGGUUCAACACAGAAUGGUAGAUUGCAUUGUAACAACGGCCGGUGGAAUCGAGGAGGAUCUCAUGAAAUGCUUCGAGCCAACUUUCAUGGGGGAUUUUAAACUWGAUGGUCGAAGCCUUCGCAAGAAGGGAAUAAAUCGAAUCGGUAAGUUGAGAAACCACUCCUCCCCACACCGUCGCCGUUCCACUAUGGUCAAAAACGUACUUACCAUGUCGCUGUGACUUAAUUUUGCCGAAGGAAAUUUGCUGGUUCCGAACAAAAACUACUGUAAGUUUGAAGACUGGGUCAGUCCUAUAAUCGGAAAAAUGCACGACGAGCAAGACGAAAAGAUGCUCGAAUGGGCUCGUGCCGUGGCAAAACUCGACUCCACCGAAAACUUUCCUGAAAAAUUCGCUUGGACUCCCUCCAAAUUCAUUCAUCGYCUCGGCGUCGAAAUCGACAACGAAGAUAGCGUCCUGUAUUGGGCUGCCAAAAACGAUAUUCCCGUAUUCUGCCCCGCCUUGACAGAUGGAAGCGUCGGAGAUAUGUUGUACUUCCACUCUUACAAAAGGCCAGGGUUUAUUUUGGACAUCAACGAGGAUAUCCGUCGGAUCAAUGACUUGGCGGUUCGUACCUACGCUAGCGGUAUGAUCAUUCUUGGUGGGGGCCUCGUCAAACACCAUACCUGCAAUGCAAAUCUGAUGCGGAAUGGCGCAGACUGGUCUGUGUAUAUCAAUACAGGGCAGGAGUUCGAUGGAAGCGACAGCGGUGCAUCUCCCGACGAGGCAAUCAGUUGGGGAAAGAUACGAAUCACUGCAAAGCCUGUCAAGGUAUCCUGCGAUGCAACCAUCGCAUUUCCCUUGAUCGUAAGCCAAACGUUUGCAAAGAAUGUGAAACAAUGGAAGGAGGAUAUGAUAGGCACUGCAUGUUUCAUUGAUGACCUAAAAUCAGAGUAAAUAGUUUUUGKUUAUCUGCGAUGUUAUUUAGAAUAAGUGUGACUUCUCGUACCUUGAUUGCACUUCUUUUUAGCCAUCUAAUCUGUCUGAGGUCUAAGAAUUUGCUACACUUCAUUCAUAGUGCGGUGAGAAAAUUCAGAAUCACUUUCAGUAGACGAUUAAUCUCGAUAGUCCAAAGCGGAACCAGAUCCUGAAUAUUUAUUGCUUCUAUUAUUUAAUACACUUAAUAAAUAUAC